AAGCGGCAGGUAACACUAGGAAACAACCUCAGCGGCUGGGGUUUCCUCACAGGGUUCGGGGAAGUGGGAGGAGCCAAACCUGGCGAACGGGUAUAUAAAGAAUAUUUACAAAUGCAACACCACACUAACUUCCCUCGCAUUCAAUAUGAAGGGUCUCGGAAUUUUUCUGUGCUUGGUUCUGGCGGUGUUCCCAGCCCACGGAGGGAACGUAGGCAGACCCGGAGGCUUCCCUAGCGUCACAGCCCCACCCGCCACCUGUAGACGCUGGUGCGAAACUCCAGAGAAUGCUUUUUAUUGCUGCGAGUCCAAGUAUGAACCCGAGGCACCCGUGGGCACCAAGAUACUUGACUGCCCAAAAAUCCGUGACACCUGCCCACCAGUACGUUUUCUUGAAGAACAGGGUCCAGUACCUUGCUCCAGCGACUACAAGUGCGGCGGCCUUGACAAGUGCUGCUUCGACAGGUGUUUGGGACGACACGUGUGCAAGCCGCCUUCCUUCUAUAGCCUCUUCGCUUAGAAUGGAAAGCAAAACAUAAUUACUGAAUGACUAAUAAAAAGAUUGCCUGUUCAA